CUGAAUGGUGAGCAAUGUACACAGGCAACUGGAGCCAGGUGACAGAAUUUGUCAUCUUGGGUUUUCCCCAUCUCCAGGGUGUCCAGACAUACCUCUUUAUCUUGCUACUUCUCAUUUACCUCACUACCGUAUGGGGAAAUCUGCUGAUAUUCCUGGUGAUCCGCCUGGACUCCCGGCUCCACACACCCAUGUACCACUUUGUUGGUACACUCUCCUUCUUGGAGCUUGGCUACACAGCUGCCACCAUCCCCAAGAUGCUGGCAAACUUGCUCAGUGAAAAGAAGACCAUUUCCUUCUCUGGCUGUCUCCUGCAGAUCUAUUUCUUUCACUCCCUUGGAGCCACUGAGUGCUAUCUCCUGACAGCCAUGGCUUAUGAUAGGUACUUAGCCAUCUGCCGGCCUCUGCACUACCCCACCCUCAUGACCCCAGCACUGUGUGCCAAGAUUGCUGUUGGCUGUUGGCUGGCAGGCUUGGCUGGGCCAGUGGCUGAAAUUUCCUUGGUCUCGCGCCUCCCAUUCUGUGGCCCCAAUCGCAUUCAGCACAUCUUUUGUGACUUCCCUCCGGUUCUGAGCUUGGCCUGCACUGAUACAUCUAUCAACAUCUUAGUGGAUUUUGUUAUAAAUUCCUGCAAGAUCUUGGCCACGUUCCUGCUUAUCCUCAGCUCCUACGUGCACAUUAUCCACGCAGUCCUCCGCACGCCUUCGGCCGCGGGCAGGAGGAAGGCCUUCUCCACAUGCGCCUCCCACCUGGCCGUAGUCAUCACCUUCUACGCGAGCAUCCUCUUCAUGUACGUGCGUCUGAAGAAGACCUACUCGCUGGACCAUGACCGUGCCCUGGCAGUGGUCUACUCAGUGCUUGUCCCCUUCCUCAACCCCUUCAUCUACAGCCUGCGCAACAAGGACAUCAAGGAGGCGGUGAGAAGGCAGCUGAAGAGAGCUGGGGUGCUGGGGUGAGCUGAGGCAGCUGCCCCGAGAAGGCCAAGGCUGGG